CGGUUCAUCUCAUUUCCAUGUCGAUAGUUGUGUGUAUUGUUCAAUAUCCAUGGGUGUGCUGUAUUGUAGUGCUGCCUAGUGCUAGAUACUUUUUAAUUACCUUUCGCCGUGGUUAUUACACGCUUCGAUGCACAGUUGUAGAACAAUGUAUGCUCCAUACGAGCUGUAAAUUUGCUGGAACCAUAAAUUGAUAAUUGUUUCAUCGGUGCUUUUUUCAAUCCCUAAAGGAAAUAUACUCAGACGUGACCCAACAUGCGACCCCUGCUGAGCAUUGCGCUAGUGCUCAGCGCACUGAUCGGUCCCAUCAUCACACUGCCCAAUGGUGCCCCCGAGAGCGUGUGCAACACAAUGCUUCCCUUCCACGGUGGUGGCAUUCCACCCCUCACCACGGCAUCACCCUUCCGGAUAACACCGGUUACCUCGGUGGUUGGCAGUGGUCAGCAGCUGCAGGUCGAAAUCGAAUCCUUCCCCGCCAACGUUGUGUUCAAGGGCUUCAUGAUUCAGGCCCGCAACCGUUUCCCACCGAACGAAGUGCUGGGUCAGUUUGAGCUGACUGACGAGAGCGCUAUCAAACUGAUCAAUUGCGGUGGGGAAUCUAACACUGCCACCCACACCAACACCCAGCUCAAAAAGGAUCUUGCCCUGGAGUGGAUCGCGCCGGCUAACUUUAAGGGCGAGGUGGUAUUCAAUGCCACUAUUGCUCAAGACUACGAUAAGUUCUGGGUUGGAUUGGUGUCCACUCCAGUGAAGGUGGUGGAGAGUGGCCAGGGUCCCACUUCGGUGGUGGGAAUUUCCACCACUCGACAACCGCCAACGACCACCACUGUGCCACCGUAUGUUCCACGUGCCACUGCUGCGUCGGAUUCAAGCGAUCCCAUCUACCAGGGCUGCGGAGAUACUAAAGGAUGCUUCGGUUUCCCCGAGGGUUGCGUUGAAAGUCGGAAUUGCCGUGCUGUUGUAGCCACUAUUGUACAAGGCGAGCGAUAUAUUUUCGAAAUGAAGUCCGGAUACAAUCGUCCAGCGUACAUUGCUGUAGGUCUGUCCAAUGAUGCCAAAAUGGGAGACGAUUCGGUGGUGGAAUGUGUUCCAGAGCAAGGAACUGUCAAUGCCUAUGCCUCGUGGACAUUCGCCGGACCUUACGGUGUAUCGCGGCAAGGUAUUGCUCAGAACUUCAUUCGCUUGCUGGAAAAAUCGUACGUCGAUGGUGUGAUUCACUGCAAGGUUGAACGCGAUGCCGUUACCACAGUGAAGGGACAGAAGUUUGAUUUGAUCAACGAAAAGUAUCAUCUGUUGUUGGCAACGGGAUUGAAGGCUGAUUCAACCCACGUGUCCUAUCACGACAUCGGACGUCAUGUAUCAGGAGUUCCAUUGGCUUUGGCCGAGGUUGGUCCCGUGCAAGGAAUGUCCAAGCUGUUGCUGCGUUUGCACGGAGCUCUUAUGUUGACGGCAUGGAUCGGAACAGCAUCACUUGGAAUCCUGUUGGCUCGUUACUUCCGACAGACCUGGGUGGGAAGCCAGCUGUGUGGAAAGGAUCAAUGGUUUGCUUGGCACAGAUUCUUGAUGGUGCUGACCUGGUGUUUGACUGUUGCUGGAUUCGUCAUCAUCUUUGUGGAAAUCGGUGGUUGGUCACAGGUGGAUAAUCCUCAUGCCAUUCUAGGAGUUGUUACAACAGUGCUGUGCUUCCUGCAACCCAUCGGUGCCUACUUCCGGCCACAUCCCGGAACCAAGCGGAGACCACUGUUCAACUGGCUUCACUGGCUGGGAGGAAAUUUGGCUCACAUCAUUGCAAUCGUUGCCAUAUUUUUCGCUGUUAAGCUACAGAAGGCUGAGCUGCCCGAAUGGUUGGACUUCAUUCUGGUCGCGUUCGUUGCGUUCCACGUGUUCAUGCAUUUGAUCUUCUCCAUUUUCUCCUGGAUACAGAUCGGCGGCUGCGCAAGCGAGAGGCGCAACAACCAGCGUGUGACCUCUAUGCAGAUGGCAGAUAUGACCCCAUCAAGAAAUUCGAUGAGCUCCAUGGAUCGUAAGCAGGAUGCUGCUUUCUCGGGCUUCCGGAAAGUUAUGCUGUUCUUCUACAUACUCAUCAUCGUGGCGUUUGUGGUGGCCCUGGUGGUCAUCACGGUGCUGGCUCCGAUCGAGGACGCCGUCGAGAGCAUAAAAAAGCAAAUCAUGAACUAAGAGCCUUAUUGUUAAAAAACAACCGAACUCAUCCGACGGGAACCAGUAUACCUUUGAUUGUUGAUUACUUGUGCUAAUUUACAGUGUACCGUUGCGAGAGACGGUGAAUAUGUAUGUUGCUUAAAAUGUGGCGCACAGUGUCGAUUUAUCUGUACAUUUCUAAAAACCGUUUUUGCAGAAUUUUCGUGUAGAUAAGUGUGUACAGUUCAGCAAUUUAAUUUGUAUUAUCUAUUAAAAAGCCCUAUCCGAAGGAAAACAAGGAAUAGAACGUGAACAAUCAAUGACAGUAUAAGAGAAGAAGGGUUCACCCCCUGUUGUACAGUGAGUGGAGAUACGUCAGACAAAGUGUUAGGUAACCUUGGGUAAUAUGGAGCCUCGGAACAAAAUAGUCUAUUGACGGCAGAGGUACAAGACUGCUAUUCCAAAUAGCUACGAAAGGUCUAUCAUAGCUAAUGUCGGUUUUGUCCCGAAGGUGCAUAUUACCUCAGGUUCUCCUGUUAGUUGUGAGCAACAGAUAAGCAGUCAGAAAUGUGCCAUCUUGCAACGAAAGAAAGGAAUUGCAGGACACCCCACCAAUUUAUCAGGGAAUCAGUAUUUACUGCGAGAUGGGACAUGGCUGGCGAUUUUUUGAUAUUUAGGUGUAGUUUGUUUCGUAUUUUAUAUAUAUUUUAAAUGAUUCGUAUAUUAACGAAACUCAAGCCAGGCUACUUUAUCGAUAGCGUAAGCAAAUAAGGAAAAAAAAACGAAAAAUAACAUGUCGUACUUGAAAACCCCCAUUUCAUGAAUUAGGAUCAAUCGUAUAGUAAGAGCUAAAAGACAGUUUAAAAUAAAUGUUGCCAUCCAUCAAA